AUGCGCUACUCUGGUGCACCAGACAAGCCGAGGGUCACAGAAGGCGAGACGGUUACUUCCGCAGAUGGCAAAAUGGGGCGGAAAAAGAGAGGUGGAGUCGGCGACGGCAUCCAACGAUUGUUUGCAGUCGGAUCCAUGGGGGCCAGUGUUCGGGUCCUGUUUAUCGUAACAGGCAGAGUCACCCGAUUAUCCGGGGUUCCUCUGCUCUUGACGGAAAUGGUGAAGGCUCUACGUGUACGCGGUCUGAGCCCUGAGGGUAUCUAUCGUGUCGCAGACAGGGCCUUCAAAGUCCAGGAUAUAAUACAGCUGGCCAAUUCCCUGUGUGUUCGUCUGGAUUUGGACGAGGAGGCCUUCUAUGGUCGAGACAUCUCGUCAGCAAUCAAGCGGUAUCUGGGUCUUUUGCCCACAAGCCUACUGAAUGCUGACGCCUUCGCCUCCGUCGUGGUGGCUGAGGAU